AUGAAAAUUCCCAUCUCAGGAAGCUUUGGUAUCGAUCCUAUGCAAGAAACUAAAUCCAAACCAACACAAAAUGCAAUAAUCUGUAAAAAUCAGUAUAACGCAUUAGCACAAAGGACUAAGAAAUAUCCAAAAUAA